AUGCCUCGUCCCGGUAAGGAUUCAUAUGAUGAGCAAAAACCACCGUACUCGUACAUCUGGUUGACUUACAUGGCAAUCCAGAACUCUGAUGAGAAAAUGCUACCUUUAACGGAUAUCUAUAAGUUCAUUAUGGAUAAAUUUCCAUUUUACCGUAAGAAUACACAAAGAUGGCAGAACUCUCUACGUCAUAACUUAUCGUUUAAUGAUUGUUUCAUCAAAAUCCCGAGAAGACCAGACAGACCCGGAAAGGGAUCGUAUUGGGCUGUUCACCCGAAUGCAUUGGGAAUGUUUGAAAAUGGAAGUUGUCUAAGAAGAAGAAAACGAUUUAAGUUUCAGGUUCGGGAAGAGGUUUCUGAUGAUGAUUUGCCCUCAUCAAAGCUACCGUUUUUCCCAUCACUCUCCUGGUUGGCCACAGCGACAUCAUCAGCCUCAGCUUCUUUUGCCAAUUUACCUACAAUAACAUCAACAUCAACAUCAAGCCCUCCACCCGCUUUAACCUCCUCUUCUAAUAGUCCAAUGGCUGCUUCUACAGCCGAUCAACUCUCAUUCUUCAAUCCUUUCAUGCUAAUUGUUCCACAGUUGUUGAACGCUUGUGGAGCAUCCCUUGAUUUAACAAAUCUUGACUUAAAACUUUCGCCCUCACCUACUCCCCCAAACAGCCACGGAAACUCAUUUUCCAUCGAUGCUCUGUUGAAUACAUGA